AUGGGCAGGGAGAAGGAAAAGAAGGGUGAGGCAGAGGGUCAGAAGGAGGGUGAGGCUGAGGCUGGGAGAGAGGAGCAGGAGGAGGGCGAGGCUUGGGGGCAGGAUCAGAAGGCAGGCGAAGAUGGUGCAGAGAAGCAGGAGGACGCUGAGAGCGGGGUGGGGGUCCAGGAGGAGGUUGAGAAGGAAGGUGGUGCUGUGGAGAAAGACUGGAGUAAAGGCAAGGACGGCACAGAGAAGCAGCAGGAUGCUGAGAGCCGGGUGGGGGACCGGGAGGAGGGUGAGAAGGAAGGUGGUGCUGUGGAGAAAGACUGGAGUAAAGGCAAGGACGGCACAGAGAAGCAGCAGGAUGCUGAGAGCCGGGUGGGGGACCAGGAGGAGGGUGAGAAGGAAGGAGGUGCUGUGGAGAAAGACUGGAGUAAAGGCAAGGACGGCACAGAGAAGCAGCAGGAUGCUGAGAGCCGGGUGGGGGACCAGGAGGAGGGUGAGAAGGAAGGAGGUGCUGUGGAGAAAGACUGGAAUAAAGGCAAGGACGGCACAGAGAAGCAGCAGGAUGCUGAGAGCCGGGUGGGGGACCAGGAGGAGGGUGAGAAGGAAGGUGGUGCUGUGGAGAAAGACUGGAGUAAAGGCAAGGACAGCACAGAGAAGCAGCAGGAUGCUGAGAGCCGGGUGGGGGACCGGGAGGAGGGUGAGAAGGAAGGUGGUGCUGUGGAGAAAGACUGGAGUAAAGGCAAGGACGGCACAGAGAAGCAGCAGGAUGCUGAGAGCCGGGUGGGGGACCAGGAGGAGGGUGAGAAGGAAGGUGGUGCUGUGGAGAAAGACUGGAGUAAAGGCAAGGACGGCACAGAGAAGCAGCAGGAUGCUGAGAGCCGGGUGGGGGACCAGGAGGAGGGUGAGGUUGGUGUACAGGUGCAAUGA